AUGUUUCCUGUUUCAUCAAUUUCGAUUACAUUAGCUGGGAAUAAUUCUCAUUGGAUCUCUGUCUUUGUUUUGCUUGCUUGCUUGUCUGUGCAAGGCCAAAUAACUCAAAAAUCCCAGAAAUGGCUUGGUGCACCUUCGUCAAACUGUGAAGAAAAUUUGAAUGUAGAGAGAUCCGAUUUUCCAAGUGAUUUUGUUUUCGGAGCAUCGACUGCUGCUGCUCAGAUUGAAGGAUCAAGUAAAUCUGGAGGGAAAGGACCCAGUGUUUGGGACGAAUACGUUCGGAAAUUCCCAGAGAAAAUAAUGAACAGAAGUAACUUGGAGGUAGCAAUCGAUUCUUAUAACCGUUACAAGGAAGAUGGGCUGGUUUUGAGGGACCUUGGCGUGGAUGCUUAUAGAUUUUCCAUUCCCUGGACCAGGAUUUUGCCUGAUGGAACUUUGAGUGGUGGAAUAAACCAGGAGGGUGUCAAUCACUACAACAAUCUCAUUGACGAGUUGAUUAAACAUGGCAUCAAGCCCUUUGUGACACUAAUGCACUUUGACUCACCUGAAGCCCUUGAAAACAAGUAUGGAGGCUUCUUAAAUCGCACUGUCGUGAAGGAUUUCAAGAACUAUGCUGAGAUUUGUUUUAAAGCAUUUGGAGAUCGGGUUAAAAAUUGGAUUACAAUCAAUGAACCACUAAUUAUUGCUAAAUUCGGGUAUGCCAUGGGAGUGGCUCCACCAGGCAGAUGUUCAGAUAGAAGAAACUGUCCCGCUGGUGAUUCAGCCACUGAACCUUACGUUGCUGCCCAUAAUCUUCUUCUUGCUCACGCAACGGCUGCUAAGCUUUACAAAGAGAAGUACCAGGCAACACAAGGGGGACAAAUUGGAAUGAGCCUUGUUGGACAGUAUUAUGAGCCUUAUUCAAACACAUUGUUUGAUAGAAUUGCAGCAAAAAGAGCCAUGGAUUUCGAGUUGGGAUGGUUUAUGGAACCGCUGGUGCGAGGACAGUACCCACUAAGCAUGAGAAGAUUGGUGAAGGGUAGGCUACCCGUUUUCACUGAAAAAGAGAAAAAGCUGGUCAACGGAUCUUUUGAUUUCAUUGGCAUCAACUACUAUACCUCAAGAUAUGUUAAGAACAUUCCAAUUAAUCCAAAAGCUGCACCAGUCAGUUUCUUGGCAGAUGAACAUAUCAAUUCCACAGUGGUCAAAAAUGGAGUUCCUAUUGGUCCAAAAGCUGAAGGGAGCUGGUUCCUUUACAUUUAUCCCAAAGGGCUGUACAAAAUUUUGAAGUUCAUGAAGAAACACUACAAUAAAAACCUCAUAAUCUACAUUACAGAGAAUGGUGUUACAGAGAAAAAGAACGACAGCAUUCCAAUUCAUCAGGUGCUAAACGAUCAAUUUCGAAUUGAAUUUGUUCAGAAACAUUUGCAGCAAAUCAGCAAGGCUGUCAACAAUGGAGUGAAUGUGAAAGGAUAUUUCUAUUGGAGUUUAUUUGAUGACUUCGAAUGGACAGAAGGCUUUGGCGUCGGAUUUGGACUUUACUACAUAGACUACAACAACAACCUCAAGCGCAUACCCAAGAAAUCAGCCAAAUGGUACCAUGAUUUUGUCAAAGGUGACAGAAAACAAGCAUGCUGAAGAUUAAGCUCUGCAAUUUAUGAGCAAAUUUUGAU